GGUGACGUUGGCAUCCUUAGCCUAGCCUAGCCUACUUUAGCUUAGGUUAGCUUAGCCUAGCCUAGCCUAGCCUAGAAGCGGCCUGUUUUACAUGGGUUUAUUAUAUUGCAAUUACUCUGUGGCGUUUUGUAGUUGACUAGUUUUUACGGUAGUUUCUGCUUUAAAAGUCUCUAAUACGUUACGUGUGUUGUUGAAAACGAGACUAGACUGGAUUUUUUUCAGGGUAAUAUAAACAAAGCUGAAUGAAAAGCUAAAGUUGAAAUGGGUGUGAUGUGACAUAAAUCAAUCAGUAUAUGCGCAGGUUAAAAACAAUCAUCUUACUGUACUAUCAAAUCCCGCCACCCAAACUUCACAAGACGACACAACUAGCUAUAACAGCUUUACAAUUAAAAUUUGUGCAGAUUGUGCCUUGAAAAUAAUAGUUGAUAGACACCAGCAACGAAAUAGAAAGUACGUAAAAGAGAAAUAGCAAUUUAUGUUUGGAUAUAGGGUCACUCAGGCAACAGAUCAUUUAAUCUUUUAAAGAAAACGCUGUUUGAAUUUGACAUUAAGAAGCAACAACAGAAAAAACUUUUACCUCGUUUUAAAAAAAAUUUUAAAAAAUUGUUGUAUGCUGAUUUACAUCUAUGAAACAUCCAGUUGAAUGAAGAGAGUAAUGAUGAAGAAUACUGUUUACUCUCGUAAACAAUAUUGUCAUCACAACAUUCAAUAGUAAUAUAGUAUAAUAGUCAAAUAGUAAUAUAGUAUAAUAGUCAAAUUUAUUACACGCAGCCUCCUAAAAAAGUUAAAUGUAAACAGUUAUUUAUUAAAGAAAUAAAUACAUUAUUGUAUAAAAGCUAAGAAUAAAUCAAAUUGAGCUAUUACUAUUUAUGUCUUUGUCAAUACUAGUGAUGCACCUAUAUGAACAUUUAGGCCAAUAUCGACCUCAUGGCUGAUAUUUGAUAUUUACCAAUGUUAUUAAUAUUGUAUAUGUUUCUGUACUCUCUUGCCACCAUGAAAAAUGACUGCACUGCUGACAUCCCUUCUUUACUUCAGUUAAACAUCCCACAGUCCUUUAUUGCACCACUAUCACUGUGACAUGUCCAAACGUCCACCCGUCUAGAAACAUAUACACAAAUGUCAACAGGAUGGAAAUAAACACUGGCCAUUAAUAACGGCCCAGGUGUACUUGUUGAACAGCUACAAGUAUGUUAAAAAUGACUAACAUUGAUCUUAAUGCUCAUAUGUGAGCAUUGCUAAUCAAUAUUACUCAAAAUAUUAUACGAGAAUGAAUUCAAAACAGAAGAGACUGUGUUUCUAUUAUGACAUUUAUUUAAAAAAUGAUGAUUUCCAUGCGUCUUGCAAGUGCUUUGUGUUCAUGUACACUAUGUGAGGCAUUUAUGAGUUUAUUCAUUUAACUUUAAUGCACUUUAGAUAUCAACAUCAUCACAAUUAUAUGUGACAGAGACUGCCCAUGCACCCAAACCAAGAGUGUCCAACUCCAGUUCUCAAGAGUCAGAGUCCUGCAUGUUUUCAUGUUUUCCUGGUUCAGCAGUGAAGUCAGGCCUGUGCAGAACUUGGCAGCGUGCGUCGCAGGCAAUUCAUCCAUUUAUUCAGUCGUGCUGAAGCAGCGUGUUGGCUUUUGAGGACUGGAGAUGGAAACCCCUUGUCCAAAUGUUUCUAUAAAUAAUAUUCAGUUCAACUUUGAGUCAGAAAUACUUCAUUAAUUCCCAAGGGAAAUUACAUUAAUGAAGCUGAAUAAUAAUUCAGGGGAAAGCGCAGCAGGCUGACAGCACAUUUAGAAAAUUGAUGUUUCCCAAUGUUCUCACUUAAUCCGUUUUAGAUACAAAACUCAGUUUCCAUAUAUAUAUAUAUAUAUAUAUAUAUAUAUAACACACUCACUCAUUUGAAAAUGAAAAGGCAAUGGGAGAGCUAUUUUUUUAACAAAGAGGAUAAAUAUUUCAAAGUUUCAAAUCUGUCCCGAUUUGAGAAAUCUGAGCCUCAGUGAUUUCGAAGUGACAUAAUUUUGUUUAGAGUUGUGAAACAGAACUUCACUUCGCUGCUGAGUCAAAAGUCAACCCCUCCAUCAAGUUAUUUUGUAUUUUAUGGACCGUACAGAGAAAAUAAUCUGUCUGUUGCACAAGUGUUUUAAAAGUAAAUUACUUCAAAUGAAAUGUCCAGAAUUGGUAAAUAAAGGUUAAAAAAAAAAAACAUUUCAAACAAAAGAUGUGUAGAAACUCUGUUCUCUCUUUCCGUUUAAUUAAGACUAUUAUCUGUAAAACGCCUCAUAAUUAUUACUACUUUACAAGCAUAAAUUAAGCAAUUUUUGUGCUUUGAUGUGAAUUCUGCAGUGUUUUUGGUAGCAGCUUUCAAAGAACUUAGUUGAAUUUAGUGCAUUUGUAAGUCGUCCCUUUAGCUCGGCCUGCAGUCUCCUGUUUCUGUGUUUCUUCACUUUCUUCAGAUCUGUCCCCUGCUUCUCCUCCUCUCUGCUCUCUUGGCUGGGGAAAGGCUGUUUUUUUCCAAACGCAACGCCAGAAACGGACGUUAAGAAAGUAUCAGACUUAACCGGAAUCAAUGAGGGAGCCAGAACGGGAGGAGCAGCCCGAAGACAACAUGCCCCCCAAGUUUAAGCGACACCUCAACGACGACGAGGUCACGGGAUCCGUCCGCAGCGAGAGGAGGAAUCUGCUGGAGGAAGACUCUGAUGAAGAGGAAGACUUUUUUCUGAGAGGUCCAACCGGACCCAGAUUUGGACCUCAAAAUGACAAAAUGAAACACGUGCAGUCCCAGGUUGACGAGGUGAUCGACGUGAUGCAGGAGAACAUCUCCAAGGUGAUAGAGAGGGGCGAACGCCUCGAUGACCUGCAGGACAAGUCCGAGAGCUUGUCGGACCACGCGUCUGCGUUCAGCAGCCGAGCCAAACAGCUGCACAGGAGGAUGUGGUGGAGAGACAUGAAGAUGAAGAUGAUCAUUGCACUGGUAGUUGUCGCUCUUCUGCUGAUCAUCAUCAUUCCAGUAAUCCUGCGAUAUCGUAAGUGACCGAUGAGGAUGAGGUGGACCUUUCCUCCUCGAUGCCCCCCCGGCCGACCUGCAUCUUCUCAUCUGGCACUCACCGGGACGCUGCCCAAACCGUCUUCAGAGUUCUCCUCUUCACCCUCAGUUCAGAUCUUAGUCAUAUCCUGAUCCGAGAUCAGUUCUGCUCGAUGAAGUUGAGGGAAAGCAAAAACAUUGACUUUUGUUUUGGCCCUGUUGUCCGUGUAAUGGGAGCGCUUCGUGCCACGAGACGUAUCGCAAGGCAGUGGGGGCUUUGGGGUUUUGGGCCUUUGUCCUUUGUGUUGCAUCUCAGAUAAAUUCUCCAGGACCGGGGGAAUCCGACAGUCUGCAUUAGUUUAUCUCCUGUGAAUCUGCUGCAGCAGCCUCGCAUGACGAGGCUGUAAACUCCGAGCAGAUGAACCUCUGAUGUCUUCCCACAUGUGCAUCUCAAACACCAACAGGAGAGACGGUUUGAAAGGGGACACCUAAGUAGUACAAAGCACAUUUUUAAAAUUCUCUCCCGCACGAAGCGAGAAGACAUCUGAGUCUCAUCUGAGUUUUUUUCUUUUUCUUUUUUCGUAUUAAUGUGAAGAAAAGAACAAUGGUAAACCAAAACAGCCACAUUCUGAAUGUUUGUUCACCGUUCUGUGCUCUAAACCUCUGACUUCCUGCAGGACUGUGCUGAUCUCUGGGCUCUUUUGAUCACAGCUUCAGGUUUUCAAUUUACUCCCAACUCUGCAAACGGUUCUGUUCGGUUUAAAGCUGCUUUUUGCUUACUUUCCCUCUUAGGUUGUCACUAUUAUUUUUGUUUUAUGAAGUUCUGAAUGAGUGCUGGUAUUUGCUACUGAGGGGGACGGUUUAUCUCCGUACUGUUAUGACUGAGAUGGAAGGUCUUGCAUAAUGUGGAUGGAAACCAUAGGUGUAGUUGUGAUUGGUUAAAGUCUACAUGGUAAUUUGAUUAUUUUUGUGUAAUUUAUUUUAGCUUGUAAAUAUGGAUUCUGUAACGAUACUGUACAGUACUCUGUGGCAUUGCAUUGGAAGACUGUGAUUCCUUUUGCUCUGGAAUAAAGUGAUAUUAAAGGGCAA